UGUUAUCUUAAUUGAAGCUUAACUACUUAGCGGAGAGGAUGUCGCGAUAAUAGGCAAUGUUAAAAUAGUACAUAUAAACACUGUGUUUUUAAAUCGGCAUUAAUAUGAUUUUCUUACAUUGGGCGAAGUUGACUUUGUAUAUGACACAUUCGUUGUAAGUGGACACGGGUGUUUCUCAUAUUGCUUUAGUUAUAAGGAACCUCUUUCAAUAAUUGUUGUGACUCGAAUAUAAUAAACAUUGCAAGCGACAGUUGUUAAAAAAUGAAAUCACAUAUUGACAAAAAUAAUUGCGUGUAACAUUCCAUAAAGGCGAAGACUGAAAAUGAUGUAUGUCAUUUCGAAUUCUUAAGCUUUAAAGAAUGAGAAUAUUGUUUGCUGACUACACAGUAAUAAUAGCUGAGUUCAUUAUUGCUUACAUACUUAGGAACAUCGUUUUCGUUGAGGGCCAGACCUGUAGUGUUGUUGAACGAAAUUUUACUGCCAGCACAAUAGAAAUGAUAUCUCUGACGUCACCAGGAUAUAAUGGAGGAACUGGAACAUACGAAAAUGAUAUGGAUUGUUGGUGGAUUAUAGAUUCAGGAUCUGAUGAUUUACAGUUAUUAAUAUUUCUUACCUAUGACAUAUCUUGUCCUGGCGAUACUAUAGCAUUAUAUAAUGCUGAAGAUCAAACUUCCACGUUAUUUUCAUCGUGUGGUGCACCAUCAUCGCCUGUUCAUUAUUCCACAUCACAACGUUAUUUACGAGUGGAGAUGCACACAGAUUCAGCUACAGUAAAAUCUGGAUUCAAAUUAGACUAUUUAGCUGCUAAAAAUUAUGAAGGAACAGGUUGUCAAAACCGAGAAGAUAUAAUUUUAACUGAAAAUUUCCAGUUUUUAUCUAGUCCUAGUUUUCCAGAAACAUAUCCAAGUAAAAGCGAUUGUCGAUGGAAUUUAGCUUACGAAUUUGGUGCAAUAGAAAUAAAUGUUAUACUUGGAGAUAUCGAAGAUGGAACGUCGUGCGAUUAUGACAAAUAUCAAAUAUACGAUGGCGAACAUCGAUGUGAUUAUAACAGAAUGUCAGUUGUGUGUAAUGAAUAUCCUGAUACAAUACCAUACAACUAUACAUCUAAUAGUACAUCAGUUGUUGUAGCAUUUGAAAGUGAUGGUUCUGUCAAUAGACGAGGCUUUUUGUUGAGGUAUAGAGGAAUACCAAAUCCUACUACCACAACAAUGACGUCAUCAAAUACAACUGAGAGUAAUUCAAAAGAUUUUGUAAUUACUGCAGAAAUAUUAUUAGGUCUAGUAUUUGGAUCUCUAGGACUUAUAUCAUUCACUGUAAUAACCACAGUAUGCAUUGUGAUGAAACUGAGAGUGCCUUUAGAAAAGACUAUUUCAACAACUCCAAUCAAAUCUGUAAAAUCAAAACCAACUAUUCAGACAAUCAGUAGAUAUAAUAACAAUACUCAUACUAAACCAGCAAUAAUGAAUAACAAAGCGGUAACUAAUGGGGUUUCAAGGAGAAUAGUAGCUUGGUAGCUUUACAACUCUCCUCCAAAAAAUCAAAGAUAUUUGGUUUAUCAUAAAGCGUAAUUUCACAAAUUAUUGAGAUAUCUGAUGAACUUGUGUUAGAAAACACUCCGACUGUACAUUCCAGACGAUGAAAGGUGACAUAUUUUAAAUAACAGUCGAAGACGAAACUGGACUCUGUCGUCUUUGUGUCUUUCGUCCAUAGAUGCAAUAUUCCAUGCAGCACAUUAAACAUUGUAGUUGUCGAUAACACAUUUUUAUAAAUUGCCUUUCAAGCAUGCAAUGACUUUUAUAGCAAAUUUUAAAACAAUACGAAAGUUUACCUUUUUUUUUUAAAUAAUUUGGAAAAUAAAUGAUAUGAUUUAUACACUUUUCUAUGUAUGUAUUACACGUAUUUUUUGUACUGUUUUGUAUUGCCAUUUUGUAUAUUUAUAUUUGUUGUUAUAUCAAUUCCUAUUUAUUUAUUUAUGUACAUUGUAAAUUUUCAAGUUUGUUAUUAAAGAAUUUUAUACUA